GCAGAAUCUGGAUGGAGAAUCUCUCCCUCUCAUCACACUUGAUACACACACACACACACACACACACACACACACAUAUAUAUACCUACCUACAGUCCUAGCCUGCGAAGUCGAGUGAGGUCAGUCAGUCAACCCAGGGCAUCAUCGUCCAUUCCAUCAUCCGCAGCCUCAUCCCCGUUACCGAUAUUACAAACUUCAAAGCUAUCUAUCCCUCCUUCGUCCAGCUGCCAGCCAAUUAUCACUCGCCUUAGUCCGCAUUGGUCUUGGGUGGGAGUGGUGAGCCGGGAUCCCGCGACACCGCCUUCCUCCAUGACAGAUUCAGGCGUCUGCCUGCUUCUCGCCCAACUCGAGAUGAGCUCCCUUUAAUUGGACAAGUUGAAUUGGCCCAGCCGCCCGCCCACUUGGCCAACAGUAUCGGGUCCUGGCUUGCUGCAUCCGGGCCCCCCUGCCCUGGAUUGGGGCUCACUUUCCCGAACGGCUCGAGCCUCCGCAGCAUCCACGAUGUGAGCCCGACGUAGACCUUUGAAGGUGGAAUUGAAGCGGCGGGCGGCGGGAGUGUCACUCCAAGAACAUGGAGGUGCCCUCUUCGACCCAAGCUUCAAGGGCCGAUCAGGUCUUGGAUCCGGAUCCGGUUCGGAUCAAGCUGGAAGAAGGAGGGGAUGACGUAGGCACGGCCCAGUCGGAGGACCAAUCAUCUCGGGAUUCGAAGCCGGGGCUUGAAACCAAUACGGAGAUCAAAACGGAGAUCAAAGAGGAGACGGUGGAGGUCAAAGAUGUGAAGAAAGAAAGUCCGGAUGGAAACGGCGAGGAAGAGGAGAUGGAGGAGGAUGAAGACGACGACGACGAGGAGGAAGAUGAGGAGGGAGAAGAAGAAGAAGAGGAGGAGGAGGAAGAGGAAGAUUCCGACCGGCCUCGACAGCGGAAAUUGAGAAAGCGGAAGUUCGAUGCCGUACGUCAAGUUGCUCAACAAGAGCGGAUUUUAAUCCGUAGGAUCUCAAAAAUUGUCAAAAAGUCCAAGAAGGAUCACAACUCCGACGAGAGACACAUGCUGGAAGCCCAUCCCGAGUUGGUGAAUGAGGUCAAGAAGCGGCAUCACAAGAAAUUAAAGGCUGACGAGCGCAAACUCGAGAUCGAAGACUCUCCCGAAGAGCUGGAGAAGAAGUGUCUCCAGAUGGCCAAAGCCAUUCAAAAGUCCAAGUAUCUCGUGGUGUACACGGGAGCCGGCGUGUCCACGGCCGCCAAUAUCCCGGACUAUCGGGGUCCCAAUGGCAUCUGGACCCUCAUGGACCAAGGCAAAGAGGUCGGACCGUGCAACAUGGAGCUGGCCCAACCCACCUAUACUCACCUGGCCUUGUUCACCCUGUACAAAAAAGGCAAACUCAAGCACAUCGUGUCUCAAAACUGUGAUGGCCUUCAUUUGAGAAGUGGCAUGCCACGCCAUGCUCUCUCAGAACUCCACGGCAAUAUGUUCAUUGAGAUUUGCAAACAGUGUAAACCCAUGCGACCAUUCAUUCGAUUGUUCGACGUGACGGAGCGCACCAACAAGAAUUAUCACGCCACCAUGCGCCGUUGUUACGUGUGCGGGAACUCGCUGUACGACACCAUUGUUCACUUCGGUGAGCGAGGCUCGCUCAAGUGGCCCAUCAAUUGGACAGGAGCUUCCAAGGCAGCCGAAAAGGCUGAUGUGAUUCUGUGCCUCGGCUCCAGCCUCAAAGUGCUUCGGCGGUAUCCAUGGCUGUGGUGCAUGGACCGGCCGGUGAAACAGCGCCCCAAACUGUUCAUUGUCAAUCUUCAAUGGACUCCCAAGGAUUCCUCGGCCAAGCUCAAGUUGAACGGCAAAUGUGACCUCGUAAUGCAGCGACUCAUGGACCACCUGGACCUUCGGGUGCCCGACUACCACAUGACGAACGACCCUUUGUUCUCGUUUGCCACUCCCCUGUUGGAACACGAACGUCACACGUCUUCCCGUAAAAAUGUCGUGACCCGGGAAGUGGAAGACCCUGAAGUGAAGGAGGUAAGGGAGCGCCUAGUCACAAGCAUCACGGGUGACCACAAUUAUUCGCUCGGCGAGGAAUGCAUCGAAAACAAGCGAGACCGAACGGCCAAUAGUCGUGGUCGACUCGUAAACGGGGCUCAAGUCAUGGAUUUCAAGACCAUUUCCUGGCCUCGAGAUGCCCUCUACCUCUCAUACACCCCUAGUUUUGAAUACAUCGACCACCCAGAAUCCAUUGGUGUGGACUCGUUUUGCUGUGAUUGCUGCGAUCCGGGCAAGAAGAAGAAACGGAGAGGCAGCACCUCCUCCGAGGACGAGGAUGACGAAGAGGAGCAGGAUGGUGGUGAAGAAGACGACGACGAGGAGGAGGUUGAAAAUGGAGCUGGCGCCAGGAAUGGGAGUGAGCCAGAAGAAGAAGAUACCGACUCCAAGUGCUCGGAAGACUCCAGCCGAAAUUCAAGUGUCAAACAAGGUUCAAGCAAUAAAGAGCCUGAAUCUCCUAGUGUUGUCGUCCAACAGCCGGGAUGGUUCGGCAAAGGGCGACGGAAGAAGCAGAAAUACAGCAACUAAUAGGCCGAGACUCGGGUCGAAAAAAAACAACCAUCCCACCCCACCCACCCCUUUGGUUGAGGGUAAAUCAGUAUUCAAAUAUCAAACCAAACCAAACCCUUUCUUUCCCCCCCUCGAUGGGCGUUGUGUUCAUAACCACCCCUCGCGCGUUUCUUGACCUUUCAUAUUUCCUUGAUCUUAUUUUGGAAGUUUGACAAACUAAAUGUAAAGAAGUCCCUUGUUGAUGCAACCAAGACAAAUGUACCAUUAGAUUUUGUUUAUAAAUUCAACAAUGAACUCAACAUAAAGGUA